AUGAGUGGGAAUAGAGGUUUCAAAGGCCUGAAUAAAUUCAACUUGGCCUGCUUCAAUGUGCGUGGACUAAGUUCUCGGAGUAAACAACACCAAAUUAUCGAGGACGCGAAAAACUACAAGCUGGACGUUUGCUGCUUGCAGGAGACGAAAGCGCCGGAGGGGGUCGACUAUUGUCAGGACGGCUACCGCUUGCUGCUGCUUCCUUCAACGAGCCGUCACUACGGGCUCGGUUUCGUUGUGUCACGGCGUCUGUCGGACAAAUUUGUUCGUCACUGGGUGGUUUCCGACCGAGUCGCAGUAGCGCAAUUCAAAGUAGCUAAAAGCGUCAUUUCCGUAGUGAACGUCUACGCGCCGACGUCGGGACUUGUUGCGACGUCGCAUGACUAUUUGGAGGAGUUUUACGACAGUCUUGAGAGGGCGCUCACAGAUAUUGAAUCGUCAUCCAGUCUACUGUUUGUAGCUGGGGAUUUUAACGCUAAACUGGGCAGACCUAGUACAGCAUUCGGCUGCAUUGGCCAGCAUGGACGCGGACGACGAAACUACACUGGUCUUGCUUUGGCAGAAUUCUGUGGGUCCCAUCAACUAUUUGCUGCCAACACAGCUUUUCAGCACAGAGCAUGUCAUACCACAACAUGGUCAAUGACUCGGAGAUUAGCAUCAGGAAUCACGGUCAAGGUGUAUAAUCAAAUCGAUUUCGUACUGUGCCAAAAUUCCCAGAAGAGCCUUCUUCUGAAUGCACGGUCAUAUGCUGGAACGUCUACCUGUAGCGAUCACCGCUUGGUGAUUGCAACCUUUGACCUACCAAAAUUCUACGUCCUAACGUCACCGAGAAAGCAUACCCCGCAAGACAGUCGGAAGAAAAUGGAUGUGCAGCAGUUGACAGCCAGCGCAGAGAGAAGACAGCGCUAUCGGGACCAAGUUGAAAAGCAUGUUACAACACUACCUCCCCUGGAGAAGGAUGUAGUGGAAUGA